AUAGUUCCCGUUGGAAACGACGGGCUGUGGUCUAUCUUGGUUUAGUUAUAGAAAUAUUUGCUCUCCCUCGAGCAGGUAUCAUCAGCGUCUAGGCUCGAGACUAGUUAGUUAUAGUAGUAUCCCCACCGAAACAGAUGACUGUUGCAUAGGCCUACAUGACCUAAUGAGAUGUUGGACUCCGAAGACUGCACUUUGUCCCUGGAUAACCUCUUCUUUGAGAGGCCAGUUGUCCACAAAGUAAAGCCACUUUGUCAAGAGCAGAGUUCUUGGCAGUUGGAACCCCCUCUGUCCCUCUCCCAGAUCCCAGCCACUCAUGACAUCCAGAAAGAGGCAGAGGGUCUUUCAUCAUUCAGUUUCUCUCAGAAGUCCAACAAAUUCCUUCCCCCUUUGAAAAGAGCAGCUGACGGUGAUGGUUUCACUCCCAAGAAUAACAAAUUAAAUCAGAAUACCAGUGAUGGAAGAAAAGAACCUGAGGCACAGGGCUGGUGUGCCCUUUGGGCUCGGGAAGACCUCAUGAAUAAAUCCCAGGAUACCAAAAAGGUUAGAGGUCAAACUAAAACCCCACAUGAGUCUGGUCAUGCACUGGAGCAGAAACAUUUCCCUCUGGAGUUCAGCCAAAGCCCACCUCUACGGAGAAGUUUGUUCAAACCUCCCAGUGGUAAGGUGUUGAACAGCAGCGCAAACUCAAACGGAGGCCUCAACCAGGCACGACCCGUAGUGCAGCAAACCUUCGACCAGGUUUCUAUGGCGACAGAUCCUCGGCUGGCAAAGCAGUCGGCAGCAGGCUCCGUCCCCCUCACCGAUCUGGGCCCGCCUACAGCCCGGGGACCACCACAGGAGACACAGGACAAGGGCACCAAGAGGGCUCAUGUUCUCCCCAUGACACCCCAACCCCUUCACAUACAAAAUACUUCUGGGCCUGGGAUACUCCGACCAAUCUCUGAAAUCCCUGCUAAAUUUAGAUCGGUCUUCAAAGAGUUCCCUUACUUCAACUACGUUCAAUCAAAAGCCCUAGAUGACGUUCUAUACACGGGUAAGAACUUUGUGGCUUGUGCUCCUACGGGCUCUGGUAAGACUGUGCUUUUUGAGUUGGCCAUCAUCCGCCUACUGAUGGAGACCACAGAGCCCUGGAGAAACGUCAAAGCUGUGUACAUGGCCCCUGUCAAAGCUCUAUGCAGCCAGCGCUUUGAGGACUGGAAGAACAAAUUUGGGCCUCUGGGCCUGAGCUGCAAGGAGCUGACUGGAGACACAGAGAUCGACGACUUCUUUGAGAUUCAAGACGCCAAUAUCAUCAUGACCACACCUGAAAAAUGGGACAGCAUGACGAGGAAGUGGAGGGAUAACUGCCUGCUGCAGUUGGUCCGGCUUUUCCUUAUUGAUGAGGUGCACGUGGUGAAGGACCCUAUGCGCGGAGCCACACUAGAGGUGGUGGUGAGCAGGAUGAAGGCGGUCCAUGCCUACCGUGCAGCAGAGAACCCUCAGGAGGACGUCUCCAUGAGAUUUGUGGCCGUCUCCGCCACCAUCCCCAAUACCAAGGAUAUAGCAGACUGGCUGUGUGACGACAGAGACCCUGCUACUUGUCUGGAGAUGGAUGAGAGUCACAGACCGGUAAAACUGAGGAAAGUAGUGCUGGGUUUCCCCUGCAACAGCAACCAGACUGAGUUCAAGUUCGACCUGUCACUCAACUACAAGAUGGCCAACAUCAUCCAGACCUACUCGGACCAGAAACCAACACUUGUUUUUUGUUCAACAAGGAAAGGAGUCCAGCAGUCGGCCACUGUUCUGGCCAAGGAUGCCAGGUUCAUCAUGAGUAUUGAGCACAAACAAAGGUUGGUGAAUUAUGCAAACUCUCUCCUGGACUCAAAACUCAGAGACUUGGUGUCGUUUGGAGUUGGUUUCCACCACGCCGGAGUUGACGUGUCAGACAGGAAGCGAAUCGAGGAGGCCUUCAACGUGGGAGACCUGCCUGUGCUGUUUACAACUAGUACUCUGGCGAUGGGAGUGAACCUGCCAGCCCACCUGGUGGUAAUCAAGUCCACCACGCACUACAUCGGGGGCGCCUGUGAGGAGUACAGCGAGGCCGACAUGCUGCAGAUGAUUGGCCGAGCAGGCCGGCCACAGUUUGAUACAUCAGCGACCGCAGUGAUCAUGACCAAGACUCAAACCAAAGACAAGUACAUGCAGUUCAUGAAUGGAGCGGAAAUCAUCGAAAGCAGCCUGCAUACCCACCUGGUGGAGCACCUGAACGCUGAGAUUGUCCUCCACACCAUUUCAGACGUCAACAUGGCCCUGGACUGGAUCCGCUCCAGCUUCCUCUACAUCCGAGCUCUGAAGAACCCCAGACACUAUGGCUUUUCCACUGACUUGGACCGAUGUGGAAUCGAAGCCAAACUGCAAGAGCUCUGUCUGAAGAACUUGAAUUCCCUGGCCUCCAUUGGUCUGAUCUCCAUGGAUGAGGAUGUUAACAUCAAAGCUACAGAGGCAGGCAGGCUGAUGGCAAGGUACUGUGUUGCGUUUGACACCAUGAAGCAGUUCAGCAAGGUGACAGGCACUGAGACCUUACCUGAGCUGAUAGAAUUGAUGGCGAAGGGCAGAGAGUUCACUGACGUGCAGCUGAGGGUGAACGAGAAGAGAACCCUGAACACGUUGAACAAGGACAAGAACAGGAUCACCAUCAGGUAUCCCAUGGAGGGAAAGAUCAAAAACAAUGAGAUGAAGGUGAACUGUUUGAUUCAAGCCCAGUUUGGCUCCAUUCCAAUCCAAGAGUUUGGACUUGCACAGGACACAGGGAGAAUCUUCAGAAAUGGAGUCCGAAUCAGCAGAUGCUUGGCAGAGUUCCUGAACCAGCGCUCCAAGACCGACUUCUCUGCUCUACUCAACUCCCUGAUACUGGCCAAGUGCUUCAGGGCCAAGCUGUGGGAGGACUCUCCUUACGUCUCAAAGCAGCUGGAGAAAAUAGGGUUGUCUCUGUCGACGGCCAUGGUGAACGCUGGACUCACCACCUUCAACAAGAUAGAGCAGACCAACCCCAGGGAACUGGAGCUGAUUGUCAACAGACAUCCUCCGUUUGGAAACCAAAUCAGAGACGCUGUCAUGAAUCUACCCAAGUAUGAAGUUAGUUUGGAGCAGCUUCCAAGAUACAACAUCGCCACCGCAGAGAUUGUCGUGAACGUGAAUGUGAAGAACCACGAACAGCUACUGUCAAAGAGAACCACUCAUGACCACCACUAUGUCACAAUGAUCAUCGGGGACUGUGACAACAAUGUGGUCUUCCUGCAAAAACUCACAGACUUGAUGCUGUUGAAGUCGGGAAACUGGUCAAAGAAGAUCAAAGUGGCGAAAGCCUUCAAAGGAGAGGAGAUCAGCGUGAAUCUAAUCAGCUCAGAAUACGUGGGGUUGGACAUUCAGCAGAAGUUUAGUGCCUUCUACUCUGGACCAAAGAGGUACGGAGGUGAAUCAUUCACACCUGAGCAACAUGACACGGUGCACAUAGCACAGGCUAACGCUCAGAGAUCACAGGGUGCAACACAGAGAACACAGCCAACAGGUCAGCAAACACAGGCUACGGCACAGAAGAGAAACUCCACAUCCACAGAAAAGGUUCCAGGCAAAAGACAAUGUAACCACUUCUGCAAAAACAAGGAUCAGUGUGGCCACGACUGCUGUCAAAAUGGUGUGCCAGUGGUUCUGAAGAGGCCUAUGAAUCAGCAUUCAAGUUUCUCCUCCUACCUCCAAGACCUGAAGACCAGGAGUGACACACUGACAGAGACUCCAGUCAAACGCCUCAAAAUGAGAAUGAGUGGUAGGACUGGGGCUACGAACAUUCAGCACUUUUCUUAUACGCCUGCUGCUUGCAGGUUUGUAGGUAAUCAUUAUGGCGCUUCAACAAUACAACAGAGUGUGGAAUCAGCUGAGGACUUUGCAACGCCCCAAGAGAUGGCAUAUCUUGAGAACUAUGACCAUGAGUAUAAUGACUACCUGGAAGACAUAUAUCAGACAAUGGGAGAAGAGGAACCACCACCUAUUCAAACCCCUACAGAGUCACAAAGCACUUCAAUGUGGAGGAAACCCAGUGCAUACAACGGAGGGUCACUCAGCCACAGCACCCCCCAAAGCCAGGGCACGGGUUACUCCCAAAGCCACAGCACUACUCAAAGCCAGGGCACGGGUUACUCCCAAAGCCACAGCACCCCCCAAAGCCAGAGCACGGGUUACCCACAGAGCCACAGCACCCCCCAAAGCCAGGGCACGGGUUACUCCCAAAGCCACAGCACUACUCAAAGCCAGGGCACGGGUUACUCCCAAAGCCACAGCACCCCCCAAAGCCAGGGCAUGGGUUAUCUACAGAGCCACAGCACCCCCCAAAGCCAGGGCACGGGUUACUCCCAAAGCCACAGCACUACUCAAAGCCAGAGCACGGGUUACCUACAGAGCCACAGCACCCCCCAAAGCCAGGGCACGGGUUACUCCCAAAGCCACAGCACUACUCAAAGCCAGAGCACGGGUUACCCACAGAGCCACAGCACCCCCCAAAGCCAGGGCACGGGUUACUCCCAAAGCCACAGCACUACUCAAAGCCAGAGCACGGGUUACCCACAGAGCCACAGCACCCCCCAAAGCCAGGGCACGGGUUACUCCCAAAGCCACAGCACUACUCAAAGCCAGAGCACGGGUUACCCACAGAGCCAUAGCACCCCCCAAAGCCAGGGCACGGGUUACUCACAAAGCCACAGCACUACUCAAAGCCAGAGCACGGGUUACCCACAGAGCCACAGCACCCCCCAAAGCCAUAGCAUGGGUUACUCCCAAAGUCAUUUCCCCCUUCAAAACCAGAGUAGGGAGGAAACCCAGAGUCACAAUACCCCCCAAAGCCAGACUAGCAGUUACAGCACUCCCCAAAACCAGAGCAGGAGUUACUCUCCGAGUCCCAUCGUAGACUUGACCGAUGACAGUGGCUUCCUCUCGUCGUCACACACCCCCAGCGUGACCUUUGACCUGGGAGACGAAUGGGAUGAUUUUGACGACGACAACUUAGUUCACGCCAGUGAGACAUCAUGCACCACUGUAGCUAACACUCAGGGGAUUGACCGUGACAAGCGGAAAGGUCACUCAACACCACUACCAUCCACUUAUGUACAACCCAAACCCCGCUUCACUGUGUCCAGUGCCCCACUCAGGUCAACCUCCCCAGUUAUUCCUCAGAUAGCAGUUGCUAGUCUCUCAGUCAGAACACAUAACCUCCAGGCUUCUGCUCCCUGGAGCCACUCUGACAACACGGCCACAAGGACAUUCAGUGAACCCUCUGUGAAAGCACCCUCCUUCCCAAAACAGACUGAUACAAGCAAGGCUCCGCUGGGAGGACCGUUUGAUUUCUUCUCAAAGACGACUACCCCAAACAAUGACAAUGCGACUGGCAAAAGGCUCCAGGGAGAGGACAACAGCAAGGAAGUGGAUGCAUUCAUGGGUAUAUUUGAUGGAUUAUUUUAGAAGUGUAUAUAGUUGUAUGGACGGGUUCCAUGUUACUGUGUGUGUUAUACUUUAUUUAUACUGUUUUCUGUUUGAGAUGAACUGUUAGAUUUACUGUUGAUCCUAUUUGAAAAUGUUUCUAUCAUUCAGGAGUAGGAACAUUCGAUCGUCAUUAGCAGGUGGUCAAAAAAGUAUUUUGUAUCUAUGUACUUAAUUGAAUAAACACAAUAUUUA